AUGAAUCGUCGUUUUCUCCUCAAUGCUCUUCGCGAGCAGUUUAGUUCUCCAACAUUCACUUCUUUUUCGAAUGGGAAAAGUUUUGACGCUUUCAUUUUGCCGAGCACAGAUGAUCAUCAAAGUGAGUACUUAUCUGAAUACGAUUUCCGGGUUAAGUUUCUAUCUGGGUUUUCUGGUAGCAAUGCUUUUGUGAUUGUUACUUUGAAAGAGGCUCUACUUUUCACAGAUGGUCGUUAUUUCGAACAAGCUGAAAAAGAAUUAGCGGAAGGAUGGACCUUAAUGAAAUCUGGGCUUCCUGAUUCUCUAACUCCUACGGAAUGGCUGAUGAAAAACUUAUCAUCCAAUAGUGUUGUAUGUUUUGAUCCUCAUCUUUCAACAUAUUUUGAAGCAGAAAAAAUGAUCAAAUGUCUUGGAGCCUUGAAUAUUCGAGCAUUAGCUGUGCAGCCUAACUUAGUAGAUGGCUUUUGGGAAUGUAGACCUGAAAGACCGCAGAAAGAAAUUCUUACCUUGCCUGUAGAAGUCACAGGGAGAAGCAUUGAUGAGAAAUUGGCUGAUAUCAGGAGCCACUUACUUGAUGUGAAAUGUACAUCAAUAGUUUUGUGUUCUCUUGAUGAUGUCAUGUGGACAUUGAACAUCCGUGGGUUUGACAUACCAUACAAUCCCCUUGUGUUCUCGUAUCUGCUCGUAUCGCUAGAUGCUGUAUAUUUGUUUAUUGAUCUCGAAAAAGUCACCAAUCAGAUUAAGCGUCAUUUGCAAGGUGUAGAGUUGAUGAGCUAUGAUGAAGUUCUACCUUUCCUGAAAGAGUGGAACGAAAAACUAAUGACGGAAAAUCCAUUACAUAGAGUGUUGAUACCUGCUUCAUCUUCGUAUGCUAUCGGAGCCAUUUUUUCAAAUAAUAUUUUGAAUGAUGUUUCUCCUGUUCAAGUGUUGAAAGCAGUUAAGAACAAUGUAGAGAUGGAAGGAAUGCGUCAAAGCCAUAUUCGAGAUAGUGCUACUUUGGUAGAGUUCUUUGCUUGGUUGGAAAAGGAGGUUCUAGCAGGAAAUGAAUACUCUGAAGUUGAAGUUGCUGCAAAGAUUGAUGGUCUGAGGUCGCAGCAAGAUCGCUUUGUUGAUUUGAGUUUUCCUACAAUUUCUGCCUCUGGAGAGCAUGCGGCUCUUCCACAUUAUCACACCAAUGGUGAAGAGGGUAAUAAAAAAAUUAUUGCAAAUCAAGUCUAUCUUUGCGAUUCUGGAGCGCAUUAUGUCGAUGGCACUACGGAUGUAACUAGAACAGUAAUGAUUGGUGAAACUACAAAAUUUGAGAAAAACUUUGUGUUUCACAAUACACUUGUUCUCAAGGGACACAUAACUCUUGCUAAAACUAAAUUCCCUGAAGGAAUAAUAGGAAGUAGAUUGGACUCUUUCACCCGACAUUCUCUUUGGCAGUCAGGUCUCGAUUUUGGUCAUGGAACGGGACAUGGUGUGGGUCACUUUCUGAAUGUACACGAGGGACCUAUUGGAAUCGGCCACCGAGUAGUACUGCCAGGAGGUCAACUCAAAUCGGGGCAAGUUCUCACCAUAGAGCCAGGAUACUACCUUCCUGGUAGCUAUGGUAUACGCAUAGAAAACUGUUACGAAAUCAUUAAAGCUCAGGUACCAUCUGAAGCUUCAAAUUUUUUGGCAUUCAAAAGCUUGACUCUUGUACCGAUUCAAACAUCAAUCGUAGACAAGCAAAUGCUGUCGUCGGAAGAAGUACAAUGGCUCAACGACUAUCACGACGAAGUCUUAGCUCAUGUUGGUGAUUAUCUUCGCAAAAGAGAGAAACAUGAAGCAUAUCAGUGGCUCUGUCAGAAUUGCAAACAUAUUUGA